AGCACCCGGGAGUUGAGGGUGCCGGACAGAGUGUACCGGGAAGCGGUCCAGCUGCUCAAGGGAAGAUCCGAGUUCACCCUCACAGCCAGCGCCAGGCAGGAGCCGCUCAACUCCGGCUCUCUCAUCGCUUUCUCAUCCGGCCUCAACAGGUACCUGGAACUCCAGUCGAGCGGACGAAAAGACGAAGUGCGACUCCACUACACCUCACCGUCGGAGCCCGGAGUCCGGGUCGAGACCUUCCCCUACAGGCUGGCCGACUCUUCUUGGCAUAGGAUCGCCCUGUCAGUAUCCGGACCGCAGGUGGAGCUGGUGAUAGACUGCCACCCGGUCUACAGGAGGGCUCUGGCGAGGCCGCUGGACACCAACUUCAGUUCGCCGCAGCUCUCGCUCUGGCUGGGGCAACGGAACAGCAGGCAUUCUCUCUUUAAGGGUGCGCUGCAAGAUGUUCGGAUCAUCGUCGGAGCGCACGGCUACCUGAGGCAGUGCCCCUUCCUGGACACCGGGUGCCCGACUUGCGGCCAGUUCUCCAGCCUGGAAGCUGCAGUCACCGGCCUAACGUCCAGGCUACAAGCGCUCCUAGACAGGUUGGAGGCGGCAGAGGUCAGGAUAUCUCAGGUGGAGGCAUGUGACUGCAUCAAGUCCUGCCAAGUCAACGGCACGGUCCGGGCUGAUGGUGCGUCCUGGCAAGCAGACUGUGACAUCUGUUCUUGUGUCCACGGGGCAGUAGAAUGCAGGCCAGUCCAGUGCCCCGUUGUGAACUGCAAGAGGCCAGUACUUCAUCCUGGUCAGUGCUGCCCUACCUGUCUCAGGACACUGUACGAAGACGGGGAAGUGGUCAGCCUGAAGCAGUGCGUGGAGUGCGAAUGCAGAGAUGGCUCGAUGCACUGCACGAGAAUCGACCCCGACACGAUGUGCCCACCUUUGGAAUGCCCCGUGCACAAACAGUUUUCUGCCCCUGACGAAUGUUGCAAAUUCUGUCCAGGGGUUGAUUACUGCAGCCAAGGUCAUGACUGCCAUAGCAACGCGUCCUGUCUCAACCUCGAAACAAGUUACGCAUGUCAUUGUAACGCAGGGUUCACUGGCAACGGUCAUCAAUGUAUAGACGAAUGUACCAGUGAAGGAGGUCUGGAGGGACAUCACUGCCGUAGCAAUACUAAAUGCUUAAAUACUAGGGGAGGAUAUGAAUGCGAGUUUAAUUGCGCCGAAAUAGAUGAAUGUGCAGCAGGGACUCAUGAGUGUCAUGUGCAUGCGUUAUGUGUCAACACUUUAGGUUCUUACCAUUGUACUUGUAAAGAGGGUUACUCUGGGGAUGGUGUUCACUGUCUGAGAACGUGCCCAGCUCCAUGCCAGAACGGAGGAAGCUGUAACGAAGAUGGUGAGUGUGCCUGCAGAACCGGUUAUACUGGGCAGGACUGUUCUCUGGAUCUUAAUGAGUGCGAAGCUGGGAUAGGUCAUUGCGAUCUUAGUACACAGUGCGUUAACAUGCCGGGCUGGUACUAUUGCGCUUGUCGCCAAGGAUAUGUUCCAGCCCUCACUCAUCUUUCGCCUACUCUCUGUAUAGAUGUGGAUGAAUGUGUAAUUGGUAACCAUACUUGUCAUGAGACAGCAGAUUGUAUAAAUGUAGAAGGAGGUUUCAGAUGUCAGUGUCCUACCAAUUCUACCGACUGCCGCCUGAGUAUGUUGUGUGAUAAAUGGUCAGGAAGUAGAAAAUGGUGGAGUAAUACCAAGAGGAGAAUGUGAGGAAUGUAGAUGUGUCGAUGGAGUGGUCCAUUGUACGCCUAUCAGCUGUGAUUGUGCUCUAUCCCCAGCGGUCCACUGCUGUCCGCAUUGCUACCCUACGGCAACAUCCUGCGUGCAUCAGGAGCUACCUCAUGUCAUCUUCAGGUCUGGCGAGCGCUGGAUAUAUCAAUGCCAGACCUGUGAAUGUCUUAUGGGUGAGAUAGACUGUUGGGAGGUAGAAUGCCCUCCCAUAUGGUGCGAGUCAGCAGUACUUUCAACUUCGGACUGUUGUCCUCGUUGCCCCUCUUCGUGUCCAGCAAAUACCACCUGUCCUCUUCUUUAUCAGCCUCACGUCUGGGCACCCUCCUGCGCCUCCUGUAACUGUAGGGUGCCAUUUUGUGACCUUUUGGUGAGCAACAAUGGGUUUUGUGUGCAUCGGAUGGGAAGUUAUCAUGCAGCCAUGGUUGGGAUUGUGCUCCUCCAACAUCAGCCUCGACACUUACAACUGAUCCUCCUACUCUUAGCGGUGGCGACAGUCGUAAGAAUAGGUCGUUAGAGACCAAUUUAAACUCUUCCCUGCAAGCUGUCUAGUCUUUAAUGGUUGUUCGUUUUUUAAAUAUAGGGGCAAUAAUUAUUUGUAAAUAGUUGUCGUUUUGGCGGAUAUUGAGUUGCCACAAAAUUUCGCUUCUUUAUUCCUAUAGACUUGAGACUGACUAGGGAUACCUCUUGUUUAGGGUGAGGAAAAAGUUUGAGCGAUUUAUGGAAGAAUUAUUUCGUCGAUUGUAUCAUUAUUUUUUUAGUAUAUAAAUGAAAUAUGUAUUAGUCUAAUUGUGGCAAACUGUUGAAGUAUGGUUGAGAUGUGGUUGUAUUUACUGGAAUAAGAAUUAAUUAACAGCAAAACCUUGAUUAUGUUUCCAAUUGAUUUGGCUAUCAUUAAUUAGAAAAUAUUUUAAUAAAACACAUUAUUAUAUGUAUAACAUCAUUUUAUUAAUAUAAUUUUAAUUUGCCUGUAUUUUGAAACUGCAUAGGAAGUUUUUAUGAGUGUACAGAAGGUUUAGGCAUUCAAAAUUUCUUGUUUUCUUCUUUAAUAAUAUUUAUCUAAUCAUAAUAAUAUUUUAUGUUUCAUAAUUAUAAUUCUAUCAUCAGAACCUUAAGCUCAGUUUGUACAUUUCAAAAUGACCAGAAACAGAAACAAUGGUAUUUCCAGAGUAACAAACAUGGCAGAUGUUGGGAAUCACAUUUUCCUUAACCUAUUACAAUUUUAAAUAGAAACUAAAGGAAGCAAAAGAAAAUGAAACAAGGAGCAUAAAAUUCAUUUGAAUUGUACCAGGAACCUUUGAAUUCAACAUUUCUCAAGCAACAAAAACAAUACGAAUAAUGCCUAAAUGUGAUACCCAGCACUUAUUCUAAACUAUUUUUGAUUUCUCUUGAAAAAACAACAUGAAUGAUCAUGUACAAGAAACAAAAACAUCAGUCUAGAGAAUCAACUGAUUUGAGAAUAGAGUUUGAUGAAAUUGACACUGAGCCAUUUUUACAUUAUUCCCCGAUUUUGGACUAAAAUAUUUUAAUAUCAUCUUAGCCUAAACACUGACAAUAAUAAUAAGAGUUCUUAAGUUCUUAAGAUGGGAUAUAAAUUAUGAUUGUAAUGAGAUAAAUAAUAAAAUUAAAACAAGAAUGUUUUGAAGGUCUAAACCUCCAGUAAUAUUAUAUUUCCAUUCUUUUAAAAAAUACAUAAACUUGCUAGAUUAUUUUAAUUUAUC